AUGUUGGAACCACGCCGAUCUGGAGAAAGCCCGGCAAGAACGGGAACGAUCCGGUUCCCGGGCAGGUCUCUCGAUACCAACUUCUCGACCAGGGCUACUCAGCUCCGAGAUAUGUACGCGGAUUCCUCCUUGGGGUCGACAAACUCCUCUCCCUCCGAUAACUCCUCCUUUGAGACUCCAAUCCGUCCUGCCUCGCAUAUGGACAGCCGUUCGCAGGUUCCGCCGAGCCGAAUCCUGCAAGAGUCGCCGUCAAUCCAGAUGAAUCGAGCCAAAGUCAGCGGAGCGAACAGAGGGUCUAGCUUGAUGGCAGCAAGCCCGGUACCCUCGAGACCUGUCAACGUACCUCAGCCCUCUCGAUCGAACACGCAGCCCCAGCCGACCCCAUCACGACUAGCCGCUCCAAUCGUACUCGGUCCCCCUGUCAUCGCUCCUCCUGUCAUCGCCCGUUCCAGUCAAGGGCAAUCUAGUCAGCCUGCACGCCCCGUACGAACCUAUGCCUCCCCUCCAACGACACAGCAACCCACACGAUCAAACUCUAGCUCCUCUUCCAUGAAUCCUCCGCCUCCUCCGGUUGCCGGUGUUGCUCAACGACAAUCUGGUCAUCAACUUCAAAAGAUGCUGGCUACAGCGAACAAUAACGCAAAGGACAUCAGCGAUCACACCAGAACACUCGCCUUACAUGCGCAACAGAUACAGGAGCAAGGGAAGGCGUCGACCGGCCUGGAGAAGAUCGUCGAGGAGCUUCGUCAGCAAAUGAACCGACUGGCACAGGAGCACGUCAACGUGAAGGCUCAGCUAGCGGAUCUCCAGGAGCGUGUCGAAAGCGGAGCAGUCGGAUGUCAGGUGGACGUUGAUGAGGGCUUGACGAAGGUGGUAUCGGUGGUGGUUCGAGCGGCAGCCAGUGUUGCGUAUGGCUGCACUCCUCCAAAGGCAUAUCCUGCCGAAGAAGAGGAGUGGCCACGGGUGGAAGCAGCGGAUGGAAGUCUAGGAGAAUUGGCGAUGAGAUGGGAUCUGGAUCAGCACUUUACAUCGGACCGCAAUACCGUCCAGACCAACAAGCUACUCACAAUCCUCAAAUACCAAAUCGGAAACCUUCCCCUGACCGCCGACAUCCCUCGAGAAUCUGUUCCUCCUUAUCUCGACAAUGCAAACCUCUACAACAAUGCGAUCUCUGUCCUGUUCCGUCAGUACCAGGCUGCUAUGAAGAAAAAGAAGGCUUCCGAAGCGCGGACGAGGCAGAUGGAGCUGGCGGAGGAGAUCGCAGAGAUGGAAGAGCAGGGAGCUUCCGAGGCGGAAAUCCAAGCGAAAAAGGACGAGUUGGAAGAGAUGAACAAGGGCCAGGGGGUGCCCAGAAAGUAUCUGAAAGGGAAUGUGAAAUCAAAGGCGAAUACAGUACAAAGGUGGAUUUCAGCCCGACGUCCAUUGACGGAGUACAAAGGUCCCGAAUAUGACUGUCUCGAUAGCGUGUUCUGCACGGUACCGCUCUACUGCGUGAAUCCAGAUGUCGAGGAUGAGGGAAAGAUCUGGUGCUGGCCUGACAUGCAAGGCGUGUAUUCUGAACAGUUCAUCAAAGCGUGGCGUACCAUAUACUUUUUGCGACAUUCCACGUUAGGAAAAGGCGGCGGCGUACAGGCGUCACCCGAACCCCCUGGCGGCGCGGUGAGGCAAAAGGCCAUUCCUCUCUUUCCUUCUCGCUAUGUCGAUUUGCAUACCGGCCCUCAAGAAUGGAUGUUCGCCCAGAGCUGGCUGGAGGACGAAGACAAUGCCGAUCAGGUCGAUAUGCUUGUCGUUCCUGCUACGCAACCGACGAGCGUUCAGGAAGUACUCACCAGCAACUGGUAUGCCACGCACGCAUGGGUCACCAAGUCCAAGGCAAGGACCGGAGCCAGUGCAAAGACUGGAGCCACUACCAAGAAGCAGACGAAGGGUGCGGGAUCGUCUGGGGGGAAAGGACGUACCAAAUCGACUACCCCGGCCGCCAUGGCCGCUUCGAGCUCGGGUGUCGAUGCCAACAGGCAGCGAGGCAUCCGCGGCGAGUCGAUCCCUGGAAACUUCGAUGGAGGAAGAAUGCAUACCGGUUCGAUGAGUCCUGUCCCAGCCAGUCAGCCAACCCACUUCAACACCCGAAACAUACCUGGCCUCUCAGUCACCAACCGCAUGCAAAAGUCUCCUUCGUGCGACGGCCUCAGUCCAGUAGGCGAUGCCCGAUCCCCCACCGACCGCCACCAGGACGAAAAUCAUAAUCAGUUUCAAGGUUUCAGAAUGGAUAUCGAUCCUCCCGCCGCUAUACGUACCUACUACGAAGAUUUCACUUCUCCGGACGAAUCUCAAGGUGCCGGAUAUACCCACAUGGGUGGCAUGCCGGGUAACGAGGAUUUGGAGAUGACGCCGGAGGAGCUCCGACAAGCGAUGGCCGCUUACCCCGACCUCUUCACCGAUAUCAACAACUAA